AUGUUGAUUUUAGGUUCGAGUGUUUGGCAUCAUGAUAUUCACAAUGCAAUUUUCACGGCGGUACUUCAGAAUGGCCGGCGAUAUCACGGAUUGAAAGAUGGAUCAUACUUUUUGCCAAAUGAUAAACGAGAGCAAGAUCGAAUGGACUUGCUGCAUUUCAUAUACCGUUGUGUAUUGAGUCGUCGUCUGUACUGCGCCCCGAUAGAUCCGAACCCUAGACGAGUGCUCGAUUUAGGAACUGGAACGGGCAAUUGGGCGAUUGAAUUUGCUGACCAGCACCAAAAAUCGCAAGUUCUCGGGACGGACCUAAGCCCGAUCCAACGCAUCUCCAUACCUCCAAACUGUACCUUUGAAAUCGAUGAUUUCGAAGCCGAGUGGCCGUAUAUAGUUGCUGCCACGGACGACACAUAUGCCCCUAAACCCUCCUCUCCCCGGGCUGACAAUCGCACCGAUGAGCUCCACAAUAAUGACAACUUGACUACCUCCGUACCCACCCCGGCUACUAGCCCCAUCCUGUUUGACUUCAUCCAUACGCGCGAAAUCACUGGCUCGGUCCACGACUACUCCAAACUCUUCGAGCGGGCCUACCGCCACGUAGCCCCCGGCGGCUACCUGGAGAUGCAAAGCAUGGAAGCGAAUUUCUUCUCAGACGACGGGACCCACGAGCGUGCGGUGACGGCAAUGCAGUGGCAGCGGCUGCUUGUGGAGGCGAGUCGGCGGUUUGGCAAGGAGUUAUGCGUUGAAGGGGGUUGGAAGGAGGGAAUGGAGCAGGCGGGGUUUGUUGAUGUUGAGGAGGUGGUGUUUAAGGUUCCCCUGUCCCCCUGGCCUAAGGACGCGCGCAUGAAGGACCUAGGCCGCUAUCAGGCAACCCAUGUGCAGGAGAUGCUGCAGUCGUAUUCGCUUGCGCUCUUUACACGAGUACUGGAAUGGAGUAAAGAGGAGCUCGAUGUUCUGCUACGGGCGGUGGGGAACGAUUUGAAAGAUAUGAAGUCCCAUCUGUAUACGAAGGUGAGGGUCGUGUACGGGCGGAAGCGGGAGUGA